AUGAAAACGCGUUCCUCUCGGUCCUUUUCUUCUUUUAAACAACCCGUCUUCUUUUCCUUCUUUUCCUUCCUCGUCUUCUUUGUGUCUCUCAAAGAGCGUUGGUUUUGUCGUUCGACGAGACCGUUUUUCUUCUCGACAUCAUCAUCUCUCCUCGAAAUCGUCGGAGAAGCUUCUCCGUGUAGUAGGGGAAUGUUCCUCUUCGCUCGCGCCGAGGAGGAAGAAGAAGAAGACAAAGGAAAAGAAGAAACUAUCGCGACGACGACGAGGAGGAAAAGAGAGAAGAAAAAGAAGAGCAAGAAGACCAAGAAGAGUAGUUAUAAAAGUAAAAUCGAGCAAACGUACGGGGAUAGCGGGGAAAUCAUCGUGGAAGAUUUAACGGAUCCGAAGAAUUUCGACGAACGGAGAGGCGACGUGCGAUCGACGCACCAGAUGUUCGACGAAGGCGCCGCCGACGAAGACGACGCCACGCGCGGGGUACUGGAUGAGUUACAGGAAAUCGGGAGGUCGGUGGAUGAUGUCGUCGACGACGGAGGACCGGCGAUACCGAGGCAUUACGUUUGCAACGCGUGUCAAGCGUCGGCGAGGAAGUUGGACGCGGAUUUGUCCGAGGAAGAGUUUAAACGCGCCAGAGGGGCGAAAUACGGGAAGAAGUUGGAAGAGAUGUACUAUUUAGACGCGAUCGAGAAGAGUUGCGACGACCACUCGCACUGGCACUUGUACCACGCGCACGUCUACGACAGCGGGUACCAUUAUUUAGCCGGACCUUUGUUAGGGAACGCGAGCUCGAGAGGAUCGAAACCGUUCGUGAGAGAUUUUAGCAAACACAGAUGGCCGAAACGAUUGAGAGAUUACUGUCAAGUUCUGGUGAACGAAUUCGACGAGGAAGGCGUGUACGCGAAACACUACGAGUUGCAAGAAGAAAAACUCGCGUGGGAAGAAGAAAAAAGAAAAGAGGAAGAGGAGGAAUUGGAGCUCGAGAAGACGAUGACGGAGGAGGAAAUCAAACUGAGAAGGAGAAAGAAACGAAGAGAGGAGAUUUUACACCCGUGGGAUAAGAAGAAAAAGAAGCGAAGAACGUUCGAUUUCGCGAAAAAACUGUGCUACCAAUCCGAACCGCCGAAAUGCACUUUCGAUACCGAGUUUAAAAAGAAAGCGUUUUUACAACUCGCCACGCACGAAGAAGAACAAAGGGCUAAGGAAACGCAAAACUUAGGAUGGAGCGAAAGAGAGGGUGACAUUGGAGGCAUUCGGUACGAACCGACGACAAUAAACCCCGCGAAGAAGAAGAAAAAGACGAAGAAGAAAGAAGAGUUGUAG